AUGGCAACGGCCACCGUUCCAAAAGUCGAAAACCCGAAAAACGACACAACUCAAACCGCUGCUCCCAAUUCAACGCCUAGCACAACUGAAGAUCCCCACUCUUCCGCCACCACCACCGCGUCACCAACUCAUGGCGGCGGAGGUGAUAAACCGACGAAUAAUACAGACUGCAGCACUGAAGGAGCUGUAACUGAUAUUCAGAAGAAGAUGAAGCGAGCUGAGCGCUUCGGAAUGCCCGUCCAGCUUUCUGAGCAAGAGAAACGCAAUUCUCGAGCCGAGAGGUUUGGAAUUGGGUCCACCACACAUGGAUCAAAAUCAUCAAAACAACCAGAGGAGCUGAAGAGGAAGGCUAGAGCGGAGAGAUUUGGGAUUGUCCAGUCUGCACCUGCUGACGAGGAAGCAAGGAAGAAGGCUAGGCUUGCAAGGUUCGGAUCGGUUGCCAAGGUCGAUUCAGCUGAGGACGAUAAGAAGAAAGCAAGAGCAAUCAGGUUCACACAACCACAUUCUGGUCCCCUGUCAGUGGCAAAUGAUAAUGGAAACACAAAAUUCAAAACAGCUAUUGCAGGCAAGGCUGAUGGAGGGACCUAA